AGCCCAGCACCCCCGGCGUAAGAAACUACCACCAAAGCAACCCAAGAGCGAGGAGCUAGAGCUCAAGAGCCUUCUUUCGAGUGUGUAGACUUUGUGCAGACAAGAGUGUUUAGACUUCAGACUGAACAAUGGCUGGGUUGGUCAGUGUUUGGUUCGCCAAGUUGGGCAGGGAGACGGCAACGCCGGCCGCCGACGACGCCGGUCUUGGCCUUGGCCGGCGCCACGAGGGCGACGGCGUGCUCGAGGUGGAGAGCGUCAAGAUCAAGGGCGGCGGUGUGCAGAUUCAAGAGAGGAGGAGGCGGAACAGCGGCGUCCUCUCCAACUCCGAGGCCACGGUGUGCAUGCUCAUGGACCGCUUUGCCCCGGCGUGACAGCCCAGAGCCCACUGUUCGGGGCUUCAGGCCGGUGUUCAUAUACGCUUGAAUUUCAGGGUAGGAGCGCGGCGCGGGCACCGCAGAGAUCCACAGCGUGCGCGUGCUGCCUGUAAUUUGGGGAGUCGUUCUUGUACAUAUAGAACUCCUUUUCCAUCGCUUAGUUGAGUGACGGUGCUCAUGCCUUCCGUUCAAGAAACGAUAAGUAAGUGUCUUCUUUUUCCGCGAGGAACGAAUCAACUGUAUCCUAAGAUCUUGUAUAUAUGUAUAAUAUGGAUCUGUCCUUUGAAUGGGUUACUUGUGGAGCCUCCCUCCUCUUA